AUGAGCGACCGCGAGCUCAGCCUGCUGCCACCGCCGCUGGCGCUGCCCCUGGUGAAAGACAAACUGAAAAAGAAGAAGAAGAAGCUGACGAAGAAGGCUAAGGAUGUCAAGGAAGCCAAAACCGGCGACGACGGCCUCGACUCGCUCAUGGCCGAGCUCAAGUUGGAGCUGGAAGCCAUUGACGGCCUCGACGACAUCACUGCCGCUCUCGACGACUUGGGCCAGCUGGUGGGGGCUACUAAGCCCAAGCUGAAGAAGAAAAAGAAGAAGCUGAAGCUGCCGCUGCCUCCAGAGGACGCCACCACCUCGAGUGACCCCGCCGUGUCUCAGGAGGCACUGGUGGACCCUGACCCUACUGUGUCGCUUGAUCUGAGGGACUCCCACGAUUCCACCCCAGUGAAGACGGAUAACAUCAUCAAUGAAGUGUUGGAGGCGAAAUCAACGGAUAUAACUCCGGCCGCUGAUCUCAGUGAAAAUGCUACGCCUACCAAGUCAAUUGACUCGCCUCUGAAACCCCCUAAGGCUUCUGACUCGGUUAAUCCCGAAACUCCCGCGACUCCCACCAAAACUCGUCUGGGCUCGGGAGCGGCGUCCAAAUUCGAUCUGGACUUAUUCUCCGUCGACUCUCAUGAUUCGAACGAAUCUGCAUUUGAAAAAAUUGCUCGUGAAGCUAAGGAGAUUGCCGAAGCCACCUACGCCGAACUGGUGAAGGAUGCUGAACUUAUAGCAGGAUCUCAGGAACCAGUGAUUUCACUGAGCACUGAAGAACCCGCCCCUGAUAGCUUACAGGGCCAUGAGCGACAAAUCGCCAUGGACGACUAUGAGGAUGCGAGGUAUGAAGCCGAGAAGCUACUCGGUAACUCGUCUGAUGAAGGUAAUGCCUCAACAACAGCUGACGCUGUCCCCUCCUCGGAGAAAUCAGAUCCAGUCAAUGAAGACAACGCCGAAAAGGUUCUUGCAAAGAAUGAUAAGGAGGCACCGACUACCGACGAAAAGCCAUUUGUUACCAAAGAUGUGAGUGAGAAAUCGCAGCCAGCUGAGACCUCAGCCACGGUUGAUGGUUUGGAACCCUCGGCUCAGGGGCACUUACUGUCACCCGCCACACCUACCAAACUGACAGUUCCCACCAUGUCAACCCCACCGUCCACGAAGGUCGACAAGGAUGUGAAGCCUCAAUCUGACGCUGUCAAGGACGAGAAACCCAUCAAGACCAUAGCUAAGCCUAAGCUGGAUAAGAAGACCACCAAGAAAGCAGCCAUUCACACUGCUACCAAUAACUCCCUGCAACCAGCUAAGGAACAGAUCGUGCUUGAACUUGGGGAAAACCUCUACAAUUACAAGGACGAUGAACACCACUUGAGUGAGAUCGCCGCGCUCAAGUCACUUCGCAUCGACACUAAGGCCGUCAACGCGUAUCUUGCUGCUGCUGCUAAGGAAAAGCAAUCCACUUUGACUACGGCCGAUGAACCAGAGACUAAGGUUACCGGGGCUAAAGACACUAAGACCGAAGACUCUGACGUCAAACAAGCAGACGUUGACGACGAGCCUGAAGCUGAAGAACCGAAGGCUGAUGAGACUACUGCUGAUGACACCAAGUCUAAGCACUCGAACACUGACGAUGUUGAACCUGAACUUUCCGAAUCUAAGGAAAUUAUACCCGAAGACUUAGAGGAAGCUAAGACCAAGACUGAGGCUGACGAUGCUGACACCACCACCAAGUCUGUACCGGAAGAAGAUGAGGUUGCUGGUUUGAACUUGUCGAACAAAUCGGUAGCAUCAGUUGACAUCAAUGCCGGUGGUGACACUGAUGCUGUUCCUAAGGAGAAGUCAGCGACGACAGCCGCUGCCGAUACCAGUCUCGAUAUUGAUGACCUCAUCAAUGAGCUCCAAGGUGACGACGUAGAAGCGCUUCUUCGUGAGCUUGACGCCGACGAAAAGUCGACUCAGGCACGGUCCAUCCUCAAACCGCUGGGCUCAGCUGCCGCUGCUGCUACGUCGACGGCUAAGAAGCCAUCAAAAGCAGACGAUGAUCUUGACUUUGAGGUGUCGCAAGACGAGAUCCGCAAACAUUUGGCCACGUUGCCCAUCUACCUCUACACGUCGUUGGCAGGGGGGAUGCAAAUCGUUCCUCGUACCAACCGGUUGGCGUUGAUCUUACAAGCGAACGACAUAAAGUUUGAGUACAAAGAUCUCGGCACCGAUGCUGAAGCUAAAAAGAUCUGGAAGCGGUACGCUAACGGGCCUAACGGCAUGCGGACGAUUCCAGGGGUGGUCCGGGGCGAUGAGGUGAUUGGUGACUGGAAGGAGAUCGACGAGGCCAACGAAGAGUAUAAGGUGCGUGAGUUGAUCUACGAAACAUUAUAA